GAUGGCGCUCAUCCGCUCAAACCGAGGCGUGGUUACUGACAGGUGGAUCGUUGCUUUUCUCAGUUGCUCUGCAUCGGUACUUUCUAUACACCAAGGAAAUUUCCAGUUACUUGCGGGGAACUUUACUACAACUCUGUCAACAUGCCCAAAUGCCCAAAGUGCAUGAAGGAAGUAUAUUUUGCGGAGAAGGUGACAUCUCUGGGGAAAGACUGGCACAGACCCUGCCUGAGGUGUGAGAAAUGCAACAAGACCCUGUCUGCUGGCUCCCACGCAGAGCAUGAAGGAAAGCCGUACUGUAACAAACCGUGCUACUCUGCACUCUUUGGACCCAAAGGAUUUGGACGUGGAGGCACCGAGAGCCACACAUUCAAUUAGAUUCUGACACAGACUACCUACCGGUGGACCCAAGGGUUUGCAGGGGACUGCCAGAUACAAUUCAGCUGCCUUUUCAUGUAUUGCUAAAGCAAGUGACCAAUGCAAGCACUUUCAGUUUGGACAUACCAGUUUAUCACCACUGAAGGCCAGUUUACACCAGACUAUGCCUAAACUAUGUCCAGGGCCCCAAUCUGUGUCCAGGUUUUUUUUUUAUUUUAAACAAUUAACUGUAGUUUCCUAUACCGCAAACUAUUGGAAAGACUAUUCAAAUUGUUUGUUUUUUCAUAAUUAAACAUUCAGUUUUUCAUUUGAAA